AUGGCCGUAAGAAUUGACCAUGAAUCUCUUGAGGUUGACAAACACCUGAUGCACGAAACUCUUGGGGCAUACAUUGAUGGAAAAAUCCAUCCCCUAUUAAGAAAGCGUGUCUGGCCGCGCAUUCUGGUCCGUGGUCACUAUGCCCGAAGUGCUCCCAAUGUAAAUAUCUCAUCUACCGAAAAACGGGAAAAACGAUUUAACUGGCAUCGACCAACAGCGUUCAUCGUCAACCACUUGAUGCUGGAGAUCAGGUGUUUCCCUGGACGAGACUACGUGCAGCAUUAUGCUCUCCUCAUCGCAUAUUACCUUAGACUGAAUUCGAUCAAGGCGACCGCAUCAGCGGUAGAAUAUAUUCUCCCUUCUUCAAAAGCUUGUAUGGAUAUUCUGUUGCAAUCAAAUUUGCAGUUCAUGGGCGCUGUCGACACCGUCAUCCUUGGGUAUGUGGAUCACCUAGCCAAUGAGGAUCAUAUCUGGGAGACAGGAACAGAUAUCCCAAACCAGUCAUUCGCAUGGAAAUACAUUCAACUGGCCGACGGAAGCGUUGUUGCCUUUGUGGGAAGCAUGAUGAGCCUUUGGGGCGAUAUCAUUGGAAACGUCAUUCGCACAAUACGAACCAAACACAAGAUAUCCAACGUUCUUUACCUCGGCAAGGCAGGCUCAUUGCGACCUCAAGAUGAGCCAAAUAAGGUGCUAGUCACUGGCGAAUCCAGUCGCGUCGAUGGCCAGCUUCUUUCUUGGGAAAGCCCACUCACUAAGACACUCUCGACAAUGGAAAUCUUAAACCUCUACCAGGGGACUCAUGUCACUGUACCAAGCCCAUUGGUCGAAACUGAGGAUUGGCUCACCAGAAACCAACAGAGCGCGAACUGGGUGGACUGCGAGGUCGGUUACCUAGCAGAAGCCUGCCAGGAAAACAAUAUCCGAUUUGGGUAUCUACACUUUAUCUCAGAUAAUGUGGCACAGAAACACAUGUAUAGCCUUGCAACAGAGCGCCAGGAUGCUGUUAUAAGUGCACGGAUGGAUAUUUGGGACAAAGUCCGGCAAAUCCUAUCUACAUAUCUCGGUAUAGAAGACUUGGGAGCAAGUAUACAAGGAGAUCUUUGUAAAAUAUAG